AUGCAAUACGAGUACAAUUUGAUGGGCGUAGGAGUCAUGUCGCGUUUUCCAUACGUAUCCCUCGGCAGCUGUAUGGGAUUAGAUUGCAGUAAACCUGGAGCUGAGUUAGCAAAUGGAAGCGCAGAUAUAUCUAUCAAAACCAUUAAUCAGGAGAUACCUCGACAAGAGCAAGUAGAUUUUACUGUGGCUACCGGUAUUGUGUAUCUUGGCUACUAUAUCAAAGAAAACACUCAGGUUGAAGUUGGAGAUUAUCUUGCUGGUGCAUUUCCUGGAACUGUAGGCGAACAUUUUAUUACUUAG